CUCGCGUCGGGCAGCCACACCGGUGGACCGAGACGUACUUUGCAGCUAAAGAAGGCGUCGGCCGCAACGGACGGUCAAGGGCAGCCCACAAUGAUGACCUAGCACCAUGCGCCUCGGAGCGCUCCUCGUCCUCCUCUACGCGUACGCGUGCGCCGCGGACGACGUCGAGGUGUACGACGAGGAACCGGCAGCGGACGAGGAGGAACCCGAAGUCAUCGACGAGUCGAUACGACGGAGCGUCGACGCGUUGUUACGGUUCCCGCUCCAAUUGGACGAAAUCAAGCACCGCAUCACCGUGAGCGACGGAGACAAGGACACGGGUUUCCUCGAACUGAGCGGCCGCGAGGAGGUCGCCGACGCGGCCUACGCCUUCGGCUUGGUGAAGGGCGCGCCGCGACGGGGCACGCGCCAGCUGCAGGAGGCGGUGUGCCGGGGCCAGGGUCUAGUGAAAGGCGCGUUGCGACCGCCCUGCACGCGGCAGAGCGCUCUGAUAUUGGAUAGGGACGUCCUCGACCCGCGCGACGAGAACAUGACCCAGAAACUACCUGGCCGAUUAGAAGUGUGGGAGGGGCAGUCGCCGCUCGACGCGGUCGGCGGUCUGGUCCGGGCGGCGAAUUUACACACGGUUAUCGACGUGGAGUGGUUCGCGCCGGCGUUGGUCGACGCGUUAUGUACCGAUUUAGCGCACCCCGAGCUGUUCGCCUGCGGCGAGCACGAACUGCUCGGGCACCACAAGCAUAUAAGUAGGGUGGUGCCCAUCAAUUUGGGCGGCGAGAAGGGCGUUAUUGGUGAUCUCGUGCUACAUGACUACGAGGAGGCCGCCGACGCGAUUUACAAUUUCUCGCAAUACCAUGACGAGGUCACCGCGUUCGGGAGGAGGCAGCUCCUGCAGAAUUUGUGCGGCAAGGACGCCAAAAAGUGGCGCUACAGAUGUUCGAGGCAGCAGGCCCUCGUCUUCAAGAGCGCGCCCGUGCGGUCGGUCAAUGGCACCAUUGCUUUGAUCGAUGCGACGCCGGCUCUUCUCCAAGUCUGGGAGGGCGAGGAGCCGGCCGACGCCGUCAAGGCCUUUUGUGAUAGGGUCGGCUUUUCGGACGACGACGCGAAACGUCUCAUAAGAGAGGUCUGCGGCGAGUACCCCGUGAAAUUGCUCCCGCGAAGAUCGCCCUUGCAGAACUGCCAGCGCCUGAGCUGGGUCCUGGAGGUGAUGCCCGUGCGGGGGCCCUUCGGGCCUGGCGGGCGCAUGGCCCAUGUGGGGGAUCUGCCCAUUGUGGAAGGAGAAGAAGGCCACGAUUUAGCGUGGGCCUUCGCGGCCGAACGGGGCUGCGAGGGCUGCCCGUUCUACAAGCAGUUGGCCGCCACGUUAUGCGCCAAGCCGAGGGUUACGUGCUCUAGGCGAAAAGCGCGAGUGUGGAAGGCGUUUGUGGACGUCGCGACGCAGGAAGCGUUGGCGUGGCCAGAACCGCUCGAGGACGCGUUUAUUGAGGUGCUCGAGGGCGACCAGGUCGUCGAUGGAGUUAGGGAGCUGUGGUUUUCGAGAAAUGUGACGAAUGAGACGGAGUUACAUACGGACAACGCUAGGUUCAAAAGAAGAGCUUUAACCGCAUUAAGCUGCAACCCCGAGUACGGCCACGCCGACGCCAAGUUAUGUGCACGGGCCGAGGAGAUCGUCGCGCGGAGUGACGUCGAGCGGCCCGGCGCGACCAAAACAUUGCAAUUCAACUCUACUCUCCCCAGGAAGCACGACGACCGCGACUGCGGCGACGCGUUGUCAAAAAGGGCGGACUACGACGAUUUAUUGAUGGAUCGUAUUAAGGCUUGUGCGCCGCCUCCCCCAAAGAAGCUCGACAAGGACGCCUGGCGCCGCCGGAAGAAGAUGCGGCGGGACGAGGCCGAGCGCGAGGCCGACAAGGCGCGCGAGGACAUCGAGAAACAGUUCCUGGACGACGUCGAAGGCAUUGAGAGCAACGCGACCAAUACGACGGAGCCAGAGAAGAAGAAUUCAUCAGCACCGGCGGACCCCGAGGCCUGUGAGGCUGCCACGAAAGCCGUGGAGAGUGUCUCCCUGCACAAGAUUCAACUACUCAUAGAAGCCGCAUGUGUCCCGACGGUCUACGACUUUGGUAUAAAAGGCUGGGCGGGCAAUAGCAACCUGCAGGUGCUUGGGGCGCACAACGACUCGGAGGCCGACCGGAGAGAGUUGUUCCAAGGCAUGAAAUUGCGGAGGGUCGACGGCGUGCUGAUUGAAUCUUUAACAGAUUACAAGGAAGCGCUCCGACGUAAAUCAGCCGAGGCCUUCCAGCAGAGGAAGCGGGUGAAUAUGUCGCUCGAGUUCCUGGUCGUCGAUGAAAAUGAUCGCUUUCUGACGGGGGGCCAGAAGGGCGAGGGCGCCGGCCCGAUUGCCGUGUACGAACAUGAAACGGCUUCGGACGCGGUCUACCGCCAGGCCCACUUGAAUGAACUGAUCCAGCCGAAUUAUACCGCGCUCGGCGUGCAGAAACGAUUUCUGGAAGAAGUAUGUAAGAACCCGUUUCCCGCACACGGACCGCCGGCGCGGGGCUGCGCUCCUCCCAUCUACCGACCGCGUGUUUUAUUAUUUGAGAUGCCUUUGGAAUGGUUAGGAUUGACCUAUACGUUUAGAUAUUAUCCGGAGGACUGGCCGCCGUGCGCCGGCGACUACAACCCCUUCCACUACCACGUGCCCAACACGACGGCGUGGCCCUUCGGCGCCGACAAGAAAGCUUUGGAGGCGUUGCGGCUCGUGACGGGCGGCGAGGACCCGUUGCCACGAGUCGAUCCCGACUGCGAGCCUUCGUUGAAGCGCUUCGCUACGUAUGUCUGCGAAGCGCUCGGACCACCGCCUCCAAAUAAUUGUGAUGAAGAUAUGGUCUCGCUCGCGAAACAGUACGCGGACCACGCCAUGGAGUACCGGUGGAACGAAAAAGCAACUCCCGACGGCAUCGAUUAUUACGCUGCCUUAGGUGCCGUGCGCGACUCGGACAAUGAUACUCUUGUAUCAAGUUACGCGCGGGUCUCCCUGGAGCUCCAAGAGCCGUUGGAGCUGUUUGAAAGAUUACUGGCGAACGCUCAAAAAUUAAGAGAGCGGGCCGCGUCGCUACGAGCAGCGGCGCGAGCCUUGCUCUCGCAUGCGAACGCGACGGCCUCCGCGGCGCGCGUCGCCGUGGCCAUGGCGCGCAACGACUUGAAAAGGGACCGCGCCGUCACCUUCGUCGCGGCGCGGAACGCGAGCCAGUUCUCCGAGGACGCGCGGCGGGUGCUUAUCGAAGCUUUCUUCGAAAAUAAUCAGAUAGAGGAGCCUCAAGCAAAAGCGAAGGCCGAGGCGGUGUUGAAUUCUACGAAGCUGGCCUCGUCGGUCCUCAACGAACUUAUCAAGGGCGGCGCGCUGGUGGAAGAACAGGGCCAAUUGAAGCGCGUCGACGCGCACCUCGCGAAGCAUCGCCACAAACAGGUCAAGAAGCCGCCCAAGGUUUUGAAGCUGACGUCGAUCGGGAGCGCCGCCCUCGGCGCCGAGCUCGCGGAGCUGGAACGGCGCCACGCGUCGCUGAGCGAGGGCGCGCCGUGGCCGCGCGUGGCCAAGCGGGUUGGAAGUGCGCGGGCCGGUGCGGUGGUCGUCGCGCGGGGUCUCGGAAAAGUUUUGGAGGGGUGUCGCCAGCGCGUCGCGCUCGCGGACGACUUGCUGCGGCAGGCGCGCGACGCGGCCGUCGAGGCGAACUUCACGAUUCGAACUUUGGACAAGCCGCUCGGCGAGGUGUCGAAGCGGGCCUGGGGCCUGCACAACGCCUUCGACACGCUGACCGACGCGACGAACCGCGAGUUCUACGACAAGCCGUGCCGGCCCGUGUUCGGCGCGUGCUGCGUGCGCGACGCGCCGGACGGGGGCAUGCGGAUCACGUGCGGUUCCUAGUAACAACUUGUAUUAGUACACUACAGGCUCGAGGCUUCGACGAGCGCCGUCGUCGCCGCGGCCGGCUUGCUCGUCUCGGCCGCGAGCGGAGCCGGCGGUCCCUCGGGCCAGCUCACGACGACGUCGCCCCGCUGUUCGAACAAACCCAGACUCUCCGCGGUCGCUUGGGGGUGGAACGGCGCGCCGCCGCGAUAACUCAACACGGCGGGCACGGUCGCCCAGAGGCCCAGCGCCGCUUCAAUAUCCGCGACCGUGUCCGACGGCUUGACGUCCGCCCUGAAGAACGCCUUCUGCUCCUCGAUGUAGAGCUGCAGGCGCCAUUCGUCUGGCAGCUUCGCGGCCGCCGCGCGGCCGUCGAGGGGCAGGCGCACGUCGAGGCCGCCGGGGACGCUCGCGCCGUGCGUCGGCUGCCAGUCUUUUGUUGCGACGAACUCUCCAGGAGAUUUUUGGACGACGACAAUGUUAAUAUCAUCUGUGUCGCCGGACGCCUCGUCGCGGACGGCGAAGCGGUGCCUUCCUGGAGGAAUACGGCUCAAAUCGACCGUCCCGUGGGGCGCAUCUAAACAAUGCUCCGGCGCUGGCGCUCGGCCCUGCAGCGUCGCCGCGACGCAGACGCGUCGUCGCGUGCUGAGGCGCAGCGUGAGGCUCGCACUGCCGUCCAGCGCGACGACGCGUUGGCCGUCCGCCGGGGAUACGACGAUGUUUGGCCGGGCGCGCGCUUGGGCCAGGGCGAGGGUGCCGAGGAACGCGCGGUGGCGCCGCUGCAGGCGCGUUGCGCGGCGCAUCAGCAGCAUCUGCGACGCCGAGCAACGACACCUGGCAGUCUACACGUGUAACCGAGCUGCUGGGUGUCGAUGGAUGCCCAAAGAGUCGAACAGCGCGAGUCACCAGUCCGAAGGAGUGUAUAGCAGCACGCGUCGUGCAGCGAUGUGUGUGCCGCGUACACGCGUCGGGUGUCCGCUCCGCACCUAGCGUGUUGUAAGACACUAGCAAGCACUUGCCAGCGGCAAAAGCACGAGUUACGGCGGCCGUCGAAGGUCAGCCGUGCUGGCAGAGGCGCCUCAGAUAGCACAGAGAACAGCACGCCAUCGCUGCGACGCCUGGACGAGCGUUCACACUCAAGCCAGUGUAGCUGUGCAAAAGUGCCGUGCAGCUGUAAUAGCUCAAUAUGGUCGAAAUCCUGGCCGCAAAAAAGGCCUUGCGCCGGUCCAUCAAGGCAGUCUGUGCUGCGUUGCCAGCUACUCAAAUCCAGAGCGAGAGCGCCCGCGUCGCCCAGCGCCUCUUCGCGCGGGACAAUUGGAAAAGCGCCACGAAGGUCUGCGCCUUCUGCAGCAUGCCCGGCGAACUUGACACGGCGCCCAUCCUCGAGGCCGCCUUCGCGGCCAACAAGCGCGUCUUCCUGCCCCGCGUCGAGGACGUCAAGGCGCGGGACAUGGCCAUGGUCGAGGCCUUCUCCAUGGCGGACAUUGACGCGUUUCCCCGCUCGAACUGGGGCAUCGCCGAGCCGCCGCGCGACGAUAGUCGGGAGGACGCGCUCGACGCGCGCGUGGACCUCGUCGUCGUGCCAGGCGUGGCCUUCGACUGCGACAACGGCCGCCUCGGCCACGGCGCGGGCUUCUACGACAACUGGCUCGCGCGCGCCGACGCGGCGGCCGACGCCGCCGCGGUCGCGCGGCCGGCGACCGUCGGCGUGUGCCUGGGCGCGCAGGUGCUUCCGUCCUCCGAGCGCGUGCCGCGCGAGGCGCACGACCGGGUGCUGGACGUCGUGCUCGCGCCUGAUUAAGUAAAUUCCUCGCGAAAACACUACCAAGUAGACGCCAUCGCCGCGACGAAACAACAUAAAACACGAACGCUCCCUUAAGACACUAGGAGCACGGUGCGUUCCCGAAACCCCGCGGCUCGGCCAAUACGCGCCAACGAAGCGCGCAUCGACGUCAUAUAUCACGCGGGGGUGGAGAACGCAAACGGGGACCUACGAGGA